AUGAGCUCGAGUAAUAGUUCUCAAAUCACCGUGCUUGGCAAACACAUGGCCGUGAUUCGGUUAUCCACGGUUGAGAAUGGGAAGCAAAUAAACUGCCAGAGUUUAGUGAUCGGGUUGCUCUUGAAUGUUAAUGUGGUCACUGCCUUGAUUCAGAUGUACUCGUUUAACGGCUGUGUUUUGGAUGCACGGAAGCUGUUUGAUGGCGUGAGUUCAAGAGAUGUGGCGUUUCAGAAUUCCAUGGUUGCUGGUUAUGCAAAGGUUGGGGACAUGGACCGUGCCUGGGAAUUAUUAGAGCGAAUGCCGGAGAGUAAUGUGAUAUCUUGGACGACUGUAAUUGCAGGGUACACUCAGAUGAACUGCCCUGACAAGGCAAUCAUGGUGUUCCAGAGAAUGCAGCUUGAGGGUGUGGAGCCUGAUGGGAUUUCCGGAGGGAAGAAGGAAAAGCAUUCACAUUUAAUCAUCUUUGAUAAGCUGAUUGAAGAUAAGAAGAUAGAAAAACAUUGA